GUUGAUUAUUAUAUGAUUUAUUGAAGAUUUGAGCAUAAAAUUCAUUCAGCUAUGCUUAAUCACUACAUAAGAAUUUAAGAUUGAAAUUUAGCAUUUUAAGAAUGGUUCAAUUGCAUAAGAUGAUGAGAUAAAAAUUGGCAAAUAAAAAUGUAAGUCUCGCGCCAGGCGCUUAACCAACUAGACCACUGAGCCGGCAUCCAAUGGUGUUAAUGUCUAACUCCAACCAUUCCACGAAGUUGCGCCACCGUACACCUUUGUCUUCAGUGAGUUACUAUCUUACAACAGACUUGGUUGAACUCCACUGGUAACGACUUCUCACUAGAAAUCCAGGAGUAUCUCGUGAAGUCAGUGAUUAGUGAGAAGGUGAUUAUUAUUAUUAUCAGAAUAGGUUUUGUGGAGAUUUUUAGAAAUUUCACUUGUUCAAAUGGAGUCAAUUGAAGCUAGAGCACCAUGGAAAACCUGGAACCACUGGACGGCCGUUUCGUCCUAGGAUGAUUUCAACAAGUGAAAUUUCUAAAAAUCUCCACAAAAGCCAUUCUGAAAAUGUAAAUUUGAAUUGGGAAUCUGUUAACUAUUAGAUUUGGUUAAAUAAUCCAUAAAAGAAAACGGGGGUCAAUGUGUAAUUAUUUAAAUAAUCAAGGAGAGUGAGAGAGAUUGUACAAGUGUCAUCUGGAUGUAAAGAUUUGUAUAUUAGUUGGAAAUUAACUACAUAUCAUAAUAUCUUGAGCCAUUUAGAUAUAAAACAGAAAUGAUUUUUUUAGAUCAGGAAAUUAACCACUUGAUAUCAUAUACUUUAUUCAUAUGAAUUGCCGGCAUUGUGAGCUUAGUUUAUUGUGAGUAUCAGUGAAUAAAUAUUUGGUAGCCAUCUUAGGAGUGAUUUAAAUUUAAUUUACUUCAGUGAUGAUGUCAAUACAAUCUUGAUGGUUACGGAUUGACUGCGUUAAUGUCAUUGUUCCAGUUUCCGACCAUUUACACACCUUGGUUCUGUACAUAAUACCUUUCUGUUCAUAAUAUUCAAUCAAAAACCUUCAUACGCGCCUUCGAAAUUUGUUGGGGACGAUAGAUCCUGCUCCUUGCUGGCAAUGUGGUGCAUGGCACUACGUUCGAAACUGCCCAUUUAAUCAACAUCGAUGCAAGAAGUGUAAGGUUAUUGGUCAUAAGGAUGGUUUUUGUCUGACGAAGAAGACUCCAAGUCAGUCCAGAAAUACCAAAAAGACCCUUUCUAGAUCCCGCACCAAUUCAUUGAGCUUAGUAUCUUCGCGUCAAAGCUCAUCACCAAGUCAGAGAAAAUUUAUUACUGUUAACAUUAGUGGGCAUUCAUCUUAAUUGCAAAUAGAUACAGCAGCAGAUGUCAGUAUCUCUCGUAAGACGGAUCAAAAUGGGCAGCCCAAACUUGAAGCGUACAACGCAAAAGCCUCGUACUGCGUGUGGUAAUUGCCUUCACCUGCUAGGACAAAUGGAAUGUACAGUUACUUUCCGUGAUUUGGCAUUUGUUGGGGUAUGCUACAUAACGCCAGCUGAUCUAAAUUUGCUCGGGUCAGAUUGGUUCGAUCACUUGAAUUUAGCUGAUGUCCCGUUGAAUACCAUAUGCAACCUGGUAUCACAACCCCAACUACGACAACAACCACAUGACUUGGAAGCUUAUACGAGGAACUUAAUGACGCAGUUUUCAACUAUUUUCCAACCUGGAUCGGGUCGCUGCUCUGCCAUGAAAGCAACACUUCGAUUGAAAACUGGACUAAGCCUGUUUUUCGCCCAAAGAGACCUGUCCCUUAUGCAACAUUACAAACAGUAGAUGAAGAAUUGAACCGCCUUCAACAACAAGGAGUUAUCACUCCCGUUUCCUACUCUGCAUGGGCAGCACCUAUUGUGGUUAUUAAGAAGACCAAUGGCACGAUACGCGUAUGUGCUGACUUUUCAACAGGUCUCAAUGCAGCUCUGGAACAACAUCAUUAUCCCCUGCCUGUUCCUGCAGACCUAUUUACCAUGCUGACUGGGGGAAGAUUUUUCGCUAAGCUGGAUCUAGCUGAUGCUUAUUUGCAAGUGGAAGUAGAUGAAGCAUCAAGAGAGCUGUUAACUAUCAAUACUCAUCGUGGUUUGUUCCAGUAUAACCGUCUACCUUUCGGAGUCAAAACUGCACCAUCUAUUUUCCAACAACUAACGGAUACCAUCCUAUCAGGUAUCUCGGGAGUCGCGGCUUAUUUGGAUGACAUUUUAAUUGUAGCAACGACAUUAGAACAGCUACGAGAACGCACAACAUUGGUACUGCAACGCAUCAGUGACAACGGGUUCCGGUUACGCCCAGAGAAAUGCCAGUUUUAUUUGCAGUCGGUAAAAUACUUGGGGUUCAUUUUCGAUGCCGACGGCCGUAGGCCGGAUCCUGAGAAUAUCCGAGCUAUCAAACUGAUUCCCACUCCCACUAAUGUCUCGGCACUACAUUCCUUCCUGGGACUUGUCAGCUAUUACUCAGCGUUCGUUCCAUCGAUGCAUGAUAUUCGCGCUCCACUCAAUAGCUUACUGCAGAAGAACGGCUCUUGGAACUGGACUAAACAGUGUGACACUGCCUUUUGUAAACUGAAGUCCAUUAUUAUUUCGGAACUGCUGUUGACACACUACGAUCCAGCCAUGCCGAUCAUCGUAGCUGCAGACGCUUCAGCGUAUGGCCUAGGCGCUGUUAUCUCCCACCAGUUUCCGGAUGCGUCGGAAAAAGCCAUUAUGCAUGCAGACCGUACACUAACCCCAGCAGAAAAAAAUACAGCCAGAUAGAAAAAGAAGCUCUUGCGCUUGUGUUUGCUGUGCGCCGUUUUCACAAGUUCCUGUGCGGUCGGAGAUUCACGCUUCUCACAGAUCACAAGCCUUUACUCGCAAUAUUCGGGUCGAAAUCUGGCAUUCCAGCUCAUUCAGCAAAUCGUCUUCAGAGAUGGGCCUUAGCACUCUUGGGGUAUGAUUUCGAAAUCCAGUACCGACACACUCAACAAUUCGGUCAGGCGGAUGCCUUAUCACGGCUCAUUAGUGACCAGUUGGCGGCUGAGGAAAACACGGUAAUCGCAUCUCUGCUAGCGGAAGACCACGCCGAAUGUUAUCUGACGACCGCAAUACGAACUUUGCCGGUAUCUGCAACGGACAUACAAAAUGCUUCUAAGAGCGACCCCAUUAUCAAGAGAACUAUGAGCUAUGUCACCAGCGGUUGGUCGUCUAAGAAGUUUGAUGGUGACACGAAACAGCUGUAUCAGCGGCGGGAUUCUCUAUGCAUUGUAAACGACUGCUUGAUGUUCGGAGAGAGAGUGGUCGUGCCGGAAUCCCUUCGUGCAAAAGUGCUGAAACAGUUCCACCUUGGUCAUCCGGGGGUUAGACGAAUGAAAUCCAUAGCCAGAAGUCAUGCGUAUUGGGCGCUAAUGGAUCAACAUAUAACAGAAUUGGUCGGAAAAUGUGUGCGGUGUCAGCAAGCAGCAAAAGUGAACGGCAAAGUUCCACCAGUUUCAUGGUCACAACCUGAUCAUCCUUGGUCCAGGAUACACGUCGACUUUGAAGGCCCGAUUAACGGAACCAUGUAUCUAGUUGUAGUCGACGCCCUUUCGAAACGGCCUGAAAUCAACCCUAUCAUACCGCCAACGACGAUUAAAACACCACAUAUCCUCACAGGAAUUUUCUCUCGAAAUGGUAUACUGGAUGCCAUUGUAUCUGACAACGGUUCACAGUUCACCCCCAGCCAAUUCCAGUCUUUCUGUCAACGGCUAGCCAUAAAGCACUUUCGGUCACCACCAUACCACCCGCAGUCGAAUGGGCAAGCAGAAAGGUUUGUGGAUACGUUUAAAAGAGCCUUGGCUAAGGCAAAAGGA